UAAAGUGAGACGUGGCUGCACGGAGGCGCCACCAGGUUUGGUCGGCUGGGCCCCGGUCGAGGUCUGUGGCGGUGGGAAGUAGUAGGUAGGGGGCCGGGUCACGCUGCCUCGGGUCCCAGCUUUGCCUCCAUCUCCCGUUCCGCGGAGGGCCCACCAUGCCGCAGUUCCAGACCUGGGAGGAGUUCAGUCGCGCGGCCGAGAAACUGUACCUCGCCGACCCUAUGAAGGCACGUGUGGUUCUCAAAUAUAGGCAUUCUGAUGGAAGUUUGUGUAUUAAAGUAACAGAUGAUUUAGUUUGCUUGGUGUAUAGAACAGACCAAGCUCAAGAUGUAAAGAAGAUUGAGAAAUUCCACAGUCAACUGAUGCGACUCAUGGUAGCCAAGGAAUCCCGCAGUGUUGCCAUGGAAACAGACUGAAUGGUUUGAAAUGAAGACUGUUUGCCCUGUUCUUAGGAAUGCGCAGAACACAUGAACACAGUGAUCACUGAUGGACCGAAGGCGCCACAUUACAGAACGUUCAUCACGUAUUUCCUGUAUGGUUUGUCCAAAGGGCUAAAGAUUAUAGGAACUGUUAAAUCUUUGCAUACCUCUUCAGCACCCCUGCCCAUUUCUCUCGCUACUGAACCAAGGUGUUAAGCAUGACUUCACAACUGUUAUGUUUUCCAUUAAACUAGAAGUAUAUUAUUUGAUAUUUAUCUUAUAUUUGUAACCUGAAUUUCACCACCGAAAUGUACUGUUCACAUGUUGAUUCCUACAUUAAAAUAUUUUUGUUAGGGUUUUUUUGUGUCGAGCAACAUUUUAAUAUAGAAAGUUCCAUUAGCCAUAUGAAUUUUUGACAUGUUUCAGAGAGGUCAGCAAAUAAAAUAUUAGGUGAACAUAUAUUGUUUCUCUUGAGGUUUUUAACUUCACAAGAAUUACUGAUUUCCUGACUAGGAUAUACUGUAUUCAUAGAGUGGAAAGUGAGCCUCAUGACACCGUUAAGUGAAUUUUGUUUGUUUUGUUUCUUGGUACGUUUCUCUGAGCUGUAUGUCGAUGGGAAGCUUCUCUUCUUGAUGAAGGAAAGUAGUCAAGUAGUAUAGGGGUCUUUUGAAUUUGUGGGUUCCCCCUCCCUCACAGUUAGUGGGAUCACUAGGGGGUAUUUGGCCUUUUUCUUUCUCAUUUACAUCUUCCCCUUUUUAACACUAUAAAGGUAACCAGGAAGGGAGGAACUAGCUUUUGGGUUCUUUGGGUCCUUUGUAGCUGAGGACAGAGGUGCCAAGGCAGGCUGCCCGGGGUGCGAUUCUGCCUCCACUUACUUUCUACCUCUGCGGUCUGAGACGGGGUACUUCUAUGAGCCUCCAUUUCCAUCUAGAAAUGGGGUGAAGAGUAGUACUCAUUAGGACAUUUUUAGGAUUAAAUGGUGUAAUCCAUGUUAAGCCUUUAGCACAGUGCCUAGAACAUAGUAAGCUCAAUAAAUGGUAGCUGCUAUUAUUAACUGUUGUUACGAUUAUUGUUUCUCAGGGGAAAGGGUAUAAAUAGCUAGCUUUUACGUUUUCUCAUAAUUUUAAUUGAACGAUUAUUUAUUGGUAGUGUCUGCCUUUUCUGCCAAGCUUUGUCUAUUAUUAAAUGCCUUUUUUUUUUUCAGUUGGGAAAUACAACAAGAUCGCCCUCCCAGAGUGUUCUUGUGUAUGUGUGUUUAUGGUGGGAGGGGAGAAGACUGAAAUCCUUAAAUCGAAACCUUAUGUUUAUUUGUGUCUGUAAAAAAUAAAAUUAUUGA